AGUCACUUUUUCAGACACACCUGUUUUUCACACAGCCUUUGUGGACUGAACAAAGAAGUGUAAGCCUCCUACAGUAUGUAAGCUGUGUGUGAGUUUCUUUCUCGUUAAAAUGGCAGAAGCAAAUAUUCCAGUGGCUCCGCUUCAGGUCAGUUGUUCGGUCUGUCUGCAUCUACUCAAAGAUCCAGUAACUCUUCCCUGUGGACACAGGGCCUGUAGGAUCUGUAGUAUUUGCUGUUGGGAUCAGGAGAAUCAGAAGGGAGUCUAUAGCUGCCCUCAAUGUAAACUCCAAGCCUUUACUCCAAGGCAUGGUAUGAGUAACACUGAUGUGAAUAAAGUAACGAAGAAUCUAUUUAAAACAACUUUUCAAGUUACUUCUUCUACUUUCUGUGAACCUCAAGCCCAGCCUCAGUAUAUAUCUCCUGCAUUUAAGAGAUAUAAUCCAUUCGAAGUCUCCAGACGACACCAGGAGCAGAUCUGCUAUCAGCAUUACAAACUGCUGGAUGUUUACUGUCGCACUGACCAGCAGUGUAUCUGCAUGUCGUGUACCAUGGAUCUUCAUAAAGGACAUGAUACAGUAUCAGCUGCAGCAGCACAAGCUGAGAAUCAGAUCCAGUUAAUGCAAAUGCAGGAUAAGGCGAAGCAUGGUAUCCAGAACAGAGAGAAUGAGCUUCAAAAGCUUAAAACAGCUCUGGAGUCUUACAAGCAAUCUACACAAGCAGCUAUGCGUGAAGGUGACAGGAUCUUCACUGAGCUGAUCAAAUCCUUAGAGAAGAGGCACUAUGAGCUGACAUGGCUAAUAAAAUCUAAAGAGACUGCUGCAGUUAGUCAAGCUGAGGAAAUUAUAAAGGAAUUGGAGCAGGAGAUUGCAGAAUUAAGAAGAAAAGACACUCAGAUACAGGAGCUUUUACACAAAGAUAAUCCUGUGCAUUUUCUCCAGAGUUUUCCAUCUGUCUCAGCUGCUCCUGGAUUUGCAAGUUUUCACCCCAUCACAUAUAGCUCUCCUGUUGCUUUUGAUCAACUACUGAAGACCAUGUCUCAACUGAGAGAUGAACUAGAAGCAUUCUUCACAAAUGAGUUUAGAAAGAUAUCAAAUCAAGAUGCCCCUUUUUCUUUUGCACUUGAUUCUCCAAGUUCAUUUGCAGACAUGGCAAAGAAAUCUGGAGGAUCGUCAUUCAGAAAUAAAGGUAGACUUUUUAUUGGUUUAACCAUGGGUUGGACAAUACUUUAAAUAAUUUUCCUAUUAACAGAUCUGGCCUUUAAAAACGCACGUUUUCGGAAAAGGGAUCCCA